CACAAGCACAUCAACACACAUCAAGCGGGACUUGUGUAUUAGACAUCCACCAAGACAAGAGCAAGAUUUAAAAGUGAGAUCUGUAUUUACUAAGAUGCGAUCUAGAAUUCAGGUCAAACAUGUUACAGAGCACAUGAAGUAUUUGGAAGAACAGAUACGAGUUAUCGAACCUGCCCUUGAAGCUAUGAAAAUUGCAGUAGAAAAAAGUAAGACUUGGAUAGAAGAUAAAAAUGACAAGCCGUCUGUCACAUACAUGGAGUUGUACCAGGAACUUGAAUCAGCGACUAUGGCCUUGUUAGAUGCAACGUCACAAAUAAUGGAUGAAAAUCAAGAACACGUAGAUGUCGAGAAAGGAAAGCCAUCUUUUUCUAAGCCUACACCACAAAUUACAGCAACAGAAGAACUCGACCAUAGUGAAUCAACACAUCAAGUUAAUAAACAUGUUCUACAAAUAUCGGAAAUAUUGAGUCGACUUGAGCAGAUAGAGACAACCUUAUCUUCUCUACAAGACGUCAGUCGACUUGAGCAGAUAGAGACAGCCAUAUCUUCUCUACAAGACGUCAGUCGACUUGAGCAGAUAGAGACAGCCAUAUCUUCUCUACAAGAUGCCAAUGACAAGUCUACAGAUGACAUAUUAGAAAUAAAACAAUGGAGAGACAACUUUGUAACAGAACAGAGUGACAUGGGGGUAAACAUUGAACAACUGACUAAAAAACAAAAGCAGAAUUUUAAAAUCCUUAGAAAACAAAUGAGUGAACAAGAUAACAAAGUAAAGGAGCUGAACAAAGAAAUUGAAAGUUUAAAAGAAAAAGAAACCAAAUCAAACAAAACACUAGAGAAACUGUCUCUGGAUAUGAAAGAAUAUGAAAACAACUUAAACAAAAUAAAUAAAGAGAUGCAAGAUUACACAGACAAAAUAGAAAGAAUAACACUGGAAAUUAAAAGACUUUCUGAUCAAAUGACUGCCUUACAAGAAGGGAUUUCUAAAAAUAUGCUGAAUACAUCAACUCAAUUAGAAAAGCACAAUGUGAUGUACACACUACUACAACAGAGAUUGAUGCCUAUUGACAAACUGAUUCAAAUCUUUAAUCAGAACUUGGAAACUAGGAAAGAAAGAAAAAAAAGGGUGGAAAAUAUUGAAGAUGCCAUUUCAAAAUUGUCCAAAGAUUUGAAUCAUAUAGAGUCGCGUGUAUGUAACAGAUAUGCUUGUUAUAUGGAGCUUGCUGAUCACACACCUGUCAGUGCUGGAUCAAUUUUUUCAAGAUUUAAAGAAGUACGUGAAUAUAACGGUCGACAUUUUAAUCAAACAACAGGAAAAUUUGUAUCACCACAUGAUGGUUUAUAUCUUGUCUGUGUAACUCUAAAUGAAUGGGAAGAUAAACGGAUUAGAGUUGGUGUGUUGGCUGGAGGCGUGUGGUGUAAGGCUAUAGAAGUGAAACGUGCCAACACAAGCGCUGCUGGGUCAGUGGUUGUUGACAUGAAGAAAGGUCAAGAACUUUACUUUCAAGUGUAUUACGCAGAUCAAGGCGCAAAGUUAUCAUGUUUCAGUAGUUUUUCGAUCGUUAGUUUAUAAAAGUACAACACAAAAUAUGGUGGAUGGGAAAUUCUCAAAAUAAUUAAACAAAUGUAACCACCAUGUUAAACACACGCUAACAUGUUAAUAUGUAUGUAGACUACAUGUCUACAAAACGUGAAUGGUUUAUGUUAUUUGUUUAGUCAUCUGUACACAGUUCCAUCUAAAUCAAUGCCAUCACCAUCUAGGUGUAUGGUCAAAAUAUUGAUGUUUUUAAACAGACAAUGACACAAAUAUCUCCGACAUUUUUUUUAUUCUCGCAUUCGCUGACAAAAUUAACUAAAAGCGGCACCUUGAGGUCUAUUUUAUAACUUCGAAUUAUAGUAGAUAUAUAUUGAAAGAUAUUUUUAAUUCAUAACAUAACAGAAA